CUUUUUCCUACGCAAGAAGGUUCUGACAAAUUUUCAGAAAGAAGAGGAUGCGCAGGUCGCCGCAAGUCCAAAGCACAUCAACCGUGUGCUGCUGCUGCUCGGGCGGUACUCGUCUACAAACGACGGUCGAGGACCAAAAGCGGGGUCGGGGACGCAAGAGUGAUGUCAUACCGCAAAGAAAUCCUCCUCGUGCUUCCCAUCGUAGUGUGCUCGCGAUCAAGAGUUUAUGUUUUAAACGGUCGUUAGCAUACAGAAGGGUGAAUUCCCAGUGAAUUUGUAUUGCGUGGCAUGAUGCAUGAAUUAAUCAGGUGCAUGCGAAGAACACGGGGACAACAUACAAGAAGCCAGCGCGCCGUGUUGAUGGGCUGCUUGGCUGGUGGCGCUUCCCUCCUGUGGACGCUUGCCGCUUGUUGCCCAAAGUGGCGCACCUGGUGGACUGCGAAGCAACGCAGGUGGCUUGUGGCGGUCUUACAACACGACGCUGCAUGAUCCGCCGACUCGAUAGUGGCGGAUCGACCGGGACGAGGGCCAUGCCUGAAAAGGUGGCCAAAUGUACUAGCUCAACAUGUCAAAAUAGAGAAGUCGCGUCACGGGUUGUGGCUGCCUCGGCUUGGAUAUCUGAAGACAGGUUGCUACGGAUGCUAGCAUCGCCUGCUUUGCUCUGUAAGUAACCUCUUCCCAGCUGUGUUCCUGCCUCAUCUUGGUCGGUUCCUCUAGUAGUCUUCUUUGACGUGACCCCCAGGUCAGGAAUUCUCUUGGUGAAUUUUGGGGCUUUUUCUUUUUGUUAAACUUUUUGGAAGCCCCAAAACCCGGAGUUUCUCACGCGCUAGCGAAUUUUGAAAAUGAGCCGGAGGCCAAAAUUCACCGGCGCCCUUUUCAAAAUUCACCCCAAAACUCACCGGGCGCCCCUUUUCGACCGUGAUACGCAAACUUUAGCGCAGAAAAGUGCUCAAAAAAGUGCACAGAUAGGCCAUGAGAAGGAACGCAAAGGGGGGAAAAGCGGAGUCCUCUGCUGCCCUAAGCCCGUCUGUGUUCUGCUGAAAAUGCCGCAAGAUUUCACGCGCCUGCCGGAAAAAUGCUUCAAAGCUCUCGGUCGGGUCCUUUCGUCCUUGCCUGCCUUCUUGCUUAGUUGUAUGCGCUUCGCAGCCUUUAUUUCUGGCGUCCUUGCCGCGGCUGCUGCAGUGCUCUUCUGCGAGAACGGGGAGGCGCAAAAAUCUGCCCAAAGAACGGCGCCCGGGCCAUGUCCUCUGGCUGCCCACUGCACAAAAGCCCGCGGCUGCUGCGCGGUGCAGGGCCUUCUACUUCCCAGAACAGGGCCAAGAGGGACAAUGUCCCGGCGGGCUCAUCUGCAAUUUGGCAUGCAAAAUCCACUACAAAUUCACCACUUCUCAUGCUAACGGGUGUUAAAGCUCUAGGCAAGAGUGAUGUCAUACCGCAAAGAAAUCCUCCUCGUGCUUCCCAUCGUGUGCUCGCUUAUUUAGAGCUUUAACGCCCGUUAGCAUGAGAAGUUGCGAAUUUGUAGCGAAUUUUGCAUGACAAAUUGCAGGUGGGUCCGCCGGUACAUUGUCCCUCUUGCCCUUCUGGGAAGUGGGUUCUGCACACCGCAGAAGUCAAGGCUUAUGCGGCGGGCAGCUUCUAGACAUGGCCUGGGUGCCGUUCUAUGGCCAUGCCCAUUCGUCUCCCUGUGCUCGCAUAAGAGCACUGCAGCAGCCGCGGCAAAGACGCCAAAAAGAAAGGCUGCGAAGCGCAUGCAAUUAGGCAGGAAGGCGCAAAAAAAAGGGUGAAAGGACCAGGCCGAGAGCUUUGACGCGUCUAUCCGGCAGGCGCGUGAACUUUCCAGGCCUCUUCGGCAGAAUAUAGAGGCGCUGAGGGCAACAGAGGGCGCUUGUCUUUUCCCCUGCUCGGCCCCACUUCCCAGGGCCUAUGUGCGGACAUUCUUAAGCACUUUGCUGCGCUGAAGUUUGCUUAUCACGGUGGAAAAGGGGAGCCCGGUGAAUUUUGGGGUGAAUUUUGAAAAAAGUGCCGGCGAAUUUUGGCCUACGGCACUUGUUCAAAAUUCGCUGGCGCAUGAGAAACUCCGGGUUUUGGAGCUUCAAAAAAUUUUCGCAAAAAGAAGAAGCCUCAAAAUUCACCAAGAAAAUUCCUGACCUGGAGGUCUCGCCAAAGAAGACUAGAGGACCCGACCAAGAUGAGGCAGGAACACAGCUGGGAAGAAGUUACAGAGCAAAGCAGGCGAAGCUAGCAUCCAUUGCAACGCGUCUCCAGCUAUCCAAGCCGAGACAGCAACAACCCGUGACGCGACUUCUCUAUUUUGAGAUAUUGAGCUACUGCCCCUGCCCCCCUUUCCAGGCAUGGCCCUCCCUAUCGAUCUGCCACCAUCGCGUCUGCGGAUCAACAUGCAGCAUCGUGCUGUAAAACCGGCGCCACAAGCCACCUGUGUUGCCUCGCAGUCGCUAGGUGCGCCCCGGUGGGCAACAGGCGGCAAGCGUCCACAGGAGGGCAGCGUCACCAGCCAGGCGGCCCAUCAACACGGCGCGCUGGCUGCUUGUUUUCCUCGUGUUCUUCGCAUGAUGCACGUGAUAGAUUAGUUCAUGAUGCAUUGCCACGCAAUACAAAUUCACUGCAAAAUCACCCUUCUGUAUGCUAACGCCCGUCCAAGGCAUAAGGUGGGGACGCAAGAGUGAUGUCAUACCGCAGAGAAAUCCUCCUCGUGCUUCCCAUCGUGUGCUCGCUUAUCACUUCAGAAUUUCUCGUCCCCGCACAAGUUCACCUCUCGUCCCCGUCAGAAGCCGGGAUAUUAAAAACCCCAACCCCGCCCAACGAGACCCUCCUCCUCCGCCCUUCCGGCACCCCGAAGCAGCGGCCGGUGCAAUGUUUUGCGCAUUCGGAG